AUGUUGGACUCCAUUGGGGCCCUUAUCCCCUGCGAUGCCCUUCGAAUAAGCCGCCUCGCCGCUAGGUUUGCAGCCCAGACUUCGCGAGCUGGCUUGGCGCCAGGAGUGACCGAUCGCGGUCAAGCAACCAGCCAACCCCGAGUUUCUUCUCCGCUUCCCAGGAACCUGCGAGGAGCCUCGGGGGGCUUUGUGGAGGAGAUCAACUUCGAGGACUUCCUGACCAUCAUGUCCAACUUCCGGCCCAUCGAGUUGAGUAUGGACGAAGAGCAGCUGGGCCGCUUCCGGAGGCAGAAGCUGAAAUUCCUCUUCCACAUGUACGACGGGGACAGUGACGGGAAGAUCACCUUGCAGGAAUAUAGGAAUGUGGUCCAACAGAUGCUCUCGGGAAACCCCCACCUGGAUAAGGAAUCGGCAAAAUCAAUAGCCGACGGAGCCAUGAUGGAGGCCGCCAGCGUCUGCGUGGGGCAAAUGGAGCCGGAUCAGGUCUAUGAAGGGAUCACAUUUGAUGAUUUCCUGAAGAUAUGGGAAGGCAUCGACAUAGAGACCAAAAUGCAUGUCCGCUUCCUCACGCUGGAACCCAUGGCUCUCUGCUACUGACGGCGGCGGAGUAGCUGCAACCGGCUGGUGGGAGGCUUUGUAGGAGAUGGCCGGGAGCUUGUUUGGGUGGAGUAGGGCCACGUGUCUGAUGGAGCAGCGGCCACAGAUCCACGAAGUUCAGACCAGCCACAUGGAUUCCCCAUCUUCAGUGGAAGACCAACUUCCUGGCCUCCAGUAAAAGGACCUUUGUUCUGA